GACGGAGCCAGGGCGACGCACUGAUUGAGAGCGUGUCCCCAGUGCGGAGGAAUACAGUGCGCCGUGCAGCAGUGGUUCGUCCCGCCUCCACCCAGCCUCGCUCAGUGGCAUCCGUCCAUUCCCUCCGUCCUGUAGCGUUAGCAGACCGGCUCCCGACUCCGCAGACAUGGCUGACCAACUAACAGAAGAGCAGAUUGCAGAGUUCAAGGAGGCCUUCUCCCUGUUUGACAAGGACGGAGAUGGGACCAUCACCACUAAGGAGCUGGGCACUGUCAUGAGGUCACUGGGUCAAAACCCAACUGAGGCAGAACUCCAGGACAUGAUCAACGAAGUGGACGCAGAUGGCAACGGGACCAUUGACUUCCCUGAGUUCCUGACAAUGAUGGCAAGGAAGAUGAAGGACACUGACAGUGAGGAGGAGAUCAGGGAGGCAUUCAGGGUCUUUGAUAAGGAUGGCAACGGUUACAUUAGCGCUGCAGAGCUGCGUCAUGUGAUGACUAACCUGGGAGAGAAGCUGACGGAUGAGGAAGUAGACGAGAUGAUCAGAGAAGCAGACAUCGAUGGAGACGGACAAGUCAACUACGAAGAAUUUGUUCAGAUGAUGACUGCCAAAUGAACAGGGCUCACAUUAAAGACAAAGAAUCAGUCAAAUGUUUCACUUACCUCUUAUUGCAAAAAUCUACAUUUAUUCAUACUGUUCUGUAUAGACUGAAUGUUGGAAAACUGAUAAUCUGUCCAUAUUCACAAGCUCAAAAAAGGUAAAAAAAAGAGAAAGAAAAAUUCUAAAUGAAUCUAUCUGCAUGUACUGGCUUGUAAUCCCCACCCCCAGCGCUGAGCUACCCAAUCAGAUCUCAACCUUUUUAGCCAAGCAGCCUCUCUGCAGCUGACUGGUUUAACCACUGCACCUCUGCUUCCUGGUUCCAUCUGCCUGUUUUCAUGAUGAUUAUAUGGGAUGGCCAAUGGCCUUUCUUCUAUGACUUCCUGUUUUUCUUUUUUCUGUUCUUCAUGCAUGCAGCUUUAGAUGGGUUACUGUUGAGAGCCCAAUGGCAGAAGGCUGUUGUUGGGCCUUAGGUUGGCCUGGGACCCACAGAGAGGGGGGAGGGGUUAGUUGACGGAUGGAUGGGAGUGAGUAAACCAGCGGAACCUUUGCAGUUUGCUUACCUAAAUGAAGUCAGUGACAACAGAGAUAUUUUUAAGAGAAAUUUUCAAAUGGAAUAACUCAUUUUAGAUUCUGUGUUUCUGGCAUGUCAGGAUACUCGCUUUAUCCUUUGUGUGUUUACCUUUUUUGAGGGGGGAGCUUGGGUGGGGCGUAGAGUUGAGCCCCUUGGGUGUUGGAUGUUUCCCAGACUAUUUGGAGGGGUUGGGUGGGCUUUAAAGGUGAUGAUAUACAAGAUCAACUUUGGGGCAAUGUGGUUAUCACUGAAGCAUGCUUAGGGACAGUACGUUGCCUCAAAGGCUGCAUGUGUAUCAUGAUUCUGCGGGGUGUUAAUUUCUGUUUAGUGGGGACAGGGUCGGUGCUUUGCGGCAUUUCUAUCUUGUGUUUGUGUGUGAGUUUGCGUGUGUGCGUGUGGGUGCGGCGAGGCCCGGCCCAGUCCAACUGUUCUGUUCAGUUCAGUUGAUCUGCAUUCCAAGUUGUACAUGCUAGUCUUUACAUUUUGUUUUUCCAAUAAAAUAUCAUGAAGUAACAUCUCGU